CUGGCUGUCAGUGCUUGCCAUGUCUCGGCCUGGGGAAGAGCUGAGUGGGACCCUGUCGUACCGGACUGAGCCCAGGAGAAGCCCCCGGCUGAGCCUCUUCCACCUGAAGCUGACAGACUCUGCCCUCUCCUGCCUGCGGGACUUCCAGAAGGGACAGGGUUCAGCAGCCUCAUUGCCACAGCCUGUGAUCACAUUCCAGGAAAACCAGGGGUACAUCAAGAUUCCUUGUCCCAUCUCUGGGUCAGAUGACAGAGCUCGGGUCUUUGCCUUCUACCUCUCUAGAGAGAUUAAAGAUAAACCUCAGUCAAGUUUCGAGUGCAUUAGACAGGGCACCUCAUGGAAUGGAGAGAAGCAACUGACUUGCAUUGGCACUAUACAGGAUAAGAUCACCGUAUGUGCUACUGACGAAUCCUACCAGUUAACACGUGACCGCAUGUCUCAGGUAGAGAAGGAAACAUGGAGCAGGACUGCCAUUGAGAUCAAGCCUGGAGCAUCUAAUCGAAGUAAAUGUGUCAAGAUCUCCAGUAAGAACCAUAUGGAAUCUAGGACAGAGAGCUCCUCACCCACUCAUCGCCCUCCAGUAUUCUUAACCCCAGCAGCCAAGAAAUGCAACCGAGUGAGUGGAGAGCGAAGAACAAUUCAAGAGUGGCUCAUUCAUCUUCUAGCCUUAAAGCCAUGCCGGAAACAUGACCUCAUACAACGCUUAGAAAAAUCCAACAUGUUUCCCAGAGAUCACACAGAGCUGCUGUCUGCACUGGAUGAGGUAGGAUGCUUAAGUCCAAAGGAUGGCAAGUACUGCCUGAGAGAGGAGCUCUACAGCCAAGUACAGAAGGACUGGCUGGGGUACACCCCAGAAGAAAGGCAGCACAUGACAAGGAAACACCCAAACAAUUCUUUAUCACAGAAUUACCAGACAACUGCUGAGAGAGCAAGAACACACCAUGGCCUGUCAUCUACUCAUCCCGGUGCCCACCAUAGGCCUCCUGAUGCUAAACGUCAGGCAGAAGCAGAUAACACAGGGCACAAGAGCCAUAAAAGAAUAAAAUCUUCACACCCGGACAGUCAUUUACAUGAAGGACAUUCUACUUCUGUCUCCACUUCACACUCAUCAAAAGCUAGACACCAUCUGGGUUCUGAAACUGGCAAAAGCGUAGGAGCAGUCCCUGAAAACCACAGUGUUGUGUCUCAACAAAGUCACAAAAAACAGAGAACGCAUCGAACAUUGGAAAAAAAACACCACAGGGAAACACACAAAAGGGCAACGCCUUGUGAUGGGUCAGAAAACGAAAAAGUGAGAUUUAGACAGGAGACAAGUCCUGCAACUCAUCUGGACAAUACAUCUGACUGGCACAAAAAGCAGAAGAAAGAUCAUGAAUCCAGUGAAGAGGAAGAGGAGGAAGAUGACUGGGAAGAAGAAGCCCUCAUGUUGGAAAGAUGCCUCACAUCUCCUGAAGAAAAAGAAGAACCCUCAGGGUCAGUGUCAUCCUCUGAAGAAGUCGCUGACUAUUUCAGUAAAUACACCACAAUUACAUCACAAGAUCAGCGGAAAUUGUACGAAGACGACUUUGCCUCUGAUUACACAGAAUAUCUCGAGCUGCACGCCAAGAUUGCUAAAGUGCUGGAGAGGUUCGUGCAGCUUGGCUCUAGAAUGAAGAAGUAUCGGCAAGGAACAGUGGAGCACAAGGUGGUUGAAAAUAAAAUUCUAUCAGAAUAUAAGAAGUUCAAGAAGACAUAUCCCAGCUACAGGGAAGAGAAAAUACGUUGUGAAUACUUGCAUCACAAACUCUCUCACAUAAAGCACCUGAUUCUGGAGUAUGAAAAGAAUACACCAACUUAGCCAGACGUCUUUACAUCGGAUCCGUACCAUGAGACGACGGGCAGUCUAUCAGCACAGUGGAUCUGGAAAAGGACUUCUCAGCAAAACAAGCAAAUUACGGAGGGAAACAAAAGUGCCAUCCACCUACUGUAUGAUAGAUACUAUAGUAAAUAGCCUUGGUGCACCACACACUGCCUUAAGGAGGACGCAGCACUAUAGGAUGUACAACAUAAGACGUGUCCGCUUUUUUGGUGGCCAGUUGACAUGCCAAGAUCAAGCUUGAAUAAGUGCAAAGCAGAAAGAAACCACUUGGGAUACGUAAAAAUGUAGAAAUCACUGUACGGUGUAAUGAUUUAUUGGGAAGGAUUGCGCAGUAUAUAAAAGGCCUAAUCCUGGAACACAAGAAAGAAUUCAUGCACUAUGCUGUUGGUGUGGACAUGACCAAAAUGGGGCCAGGCAGUACAUAGCACUUACGGACCAUAGCCUUUACCAAGCAAAAUAAAACUGCAUUUCUUUGUC